UGUGUCCAUAUCUAUAUUUGGUAUGAAGCUAGCGAAAGAUCUUCAAACCACUCGCCAUUUUUAUCUCGAAGUGUAGCUACCUACAGCCCAAGGUAGGUACAGGUAGCGUAUAUGCGCACAGGCAGGAGAAGGGAAAGCUUAUCAUCUGCAGAUGGGUAGCUGCUGCUCACCGUGGGGAUCAUUCUCUUUGGUUCUACUUCUAUUGUCACAGUACAUGCUUCACUUUUCCGUUGGCUGCCCAGUGGAGGAGAGAGCUGCCCUACUGGAAAUCCAGUCUUCUCUGAUGAGAGCGCGCUCCCUGGAGGUGCCCGAUUCAUGGGGGAAGGAUGGCGAUGACUGCUGCUCGUGGGUCCGUGUGAAAUGUGACAAUAGCACUCAACGGGUGUCUCAUCUUGACCUUCGCUCUGUAUAUAUAAUCACAGAUACAGAUAGCCAUUGGUAUUUAAACUCGACUGUGUUUUCUGUAUUUCAUGAGCUUCAGUACCUGGAUCUAUCAGGCAGUUACACCUUUUCGUUAACCUUGGAAGGAUUAGUUGGGCUAGCUAAGCUUCGAUAUCUGGACCUGAGUGGAAUUUGGUUGGGAGAGAGUUUCCCAGAAUUUAUCACCAAAUUUGCUUCACUGGAAGUCUUAGCUCUCAACUAUAACGACAUGCACAUAGGUCUUCUGGGUGCAGCGAUUGAAAAUCUUAUGAACUUGCGACAAUUGAAUAUGUCUGGGAAUAGCUUCAGUGGAGACCUCCCUGCAUCGCUGUUUGCACUUCCUCGCCUAAAGAUCCUAGAUCUCUCGUAUAAUAACUUUGGUGGGCAUAUUCCAAUAAGUUCAUCCUCCGGACCAAUUUCACUUGAAGUAUUAGACCUCAGAUAUAAUAAUCUCAGUGGAAUUCUCCCGUUUACAGCCUUUAAAAACAUAAGGGAAUUGAAUCUGCGUGGCAACCAAUUCAGUGGAUCUCUCCCUGCGUCAUUAUUUGCACUUCCUCAUCUGAAGUUCCUAGAUCUUUCAAACAAUAAUUUUCAUGGAUAUUUUCCUAUUAAUUUGGCGUCGGAACCAAUUCCACUUGAAGUAUUACAUCUCGAGGGUAACAAGUUGAGUGAAGCUCUUCAGAAUGGACAAGCAUUUGAAAUUCUCAAGAACCUGCGAGAGUUGUAUUUGAGUUCCAACCAAUUCAGCGGAAACAUUCCAACAUUCUUAUUUUCACUUCCACAUAUUGAGCAGUUGGACCUCUCGAGGAAUUUCUUCAGAGGAGAAAUUCCAAUAAACCCAUCUUCGAAUCUUCCAUUGUCGCUUAAGAGUCUUCGGUUCUCUGAAAACAAUUUGAGUGGUAGACUUUCUCUCUUUUGGUUUGGAAACCUCACAAAACUAGAAGAGAUGAACCUUUCAGGCAAUGCAAAUCUAAUUGUUGAUGUCAAUAUUCCUGGAUGGACCCCUAGGUUCCAAUUGAAAGUGCUAUUGCUCUCUGGUUGUGAGCUUGAUAGGAGCAUUAUUGCCGACCCACAUUUUUUACGUACACAGCGUCAUUUAGAGGUGCUUGAUUUGUCCGACAAUAGCUUGUCAGGUGGCAUGCCGAAUUGGUUGUUUACCAAGGAAGCAACACUCCAGGUUCUAAAUCUUGGAAAUAACUCAUUAACUGGAUCGCUAGACACAAUAUUGCAUACCCAACCAUUUCUCUACAGUAUCAAAAUACACAUGAACCAAGCCACAGGACAACUUCCAGCCAACAUCGACUCAUUGUUUCCACGUUUGGGUGUUCUAGAUAUUUCUACCAACAACAUCAUCGGCCACAUACCACAGUCAUUGUGUGAGAUCAUCUACCUGCCAUCUUUGGACCUGUCGAACAACAAACUUUCUGGGGAAGUUCCGGCUUGUAUGUUCACUAACUAUGGAUGGCUAUCGCAAUUGAAGUUCUCAAACAACAAGCUUGGUGGUCCGAUUUUUGGUGGGAUAAGUAAUAUGUCCAAUAUAGAUGAAUUGUACCUGGACGGGAACAACUUUGAAGGGACAAUACCUCAUGGUUUGUCAGGUGUUUUAAAAGUCAUGGAUUUACAUGAUAACAAGCUGUCUGGCAAGCUUGAUAAUUCAUUAUGGAAUCUAUCUUCUUUGGUAGUCCUGAAUCUUGCUAGCAACCUUAUUACCGGCAUAAUUCAUCCACAAAUUUGUGACUUGAAGGGGAUUCGACUUUUAGAUCUAUCGAGCAACAACCUUACAGGGUCUGUACCAAAUUGUAUCUUUAUAGAGCUCAAUUUUCUUAACCUGUCUGGGAACUCAUUAUCUGGCGAUAUCUCUUUCCCUUUUUUCAACACAUCAAGUCUGCUUGCUUUGGAUAUCAGACACAAUCAGUUCAUGGGAAACCUCCAUUGGGUACAUUAUCUUUACAACAUUAGGCUACUUUCAUUGGGCGGAAAUAAGUUUGAAGGGCAGAUUACUCCAAAAGUGUGCAAACUCAUGUACUUGAGGAUAAUUGAUUUGUCCCAUAACAAGAUUUCAGGUUCACUGCCAGCAUGUAUUGGUGAUAUCUCUUUCAAAGGUGGUACAGACGAUCAAAUAUUUGAGUCAGCCUAUGGAUUUCUGUAUAACGGCUCUUCAUAUGACUUAAGAGGCUUCACCUUUGCCACCAAAGGUAAUCUCUACACAUACAGUCGGAAUUUCUUCGAUUCGAUGUCUGGCAUCGACCUAUCUGCAAACAUGCUGGUUGGAGAAAUUCCUUGGGAGCUAGGACAUCUAAGCCAUAUCAAAUCCCUUAAUCUGUCAUACAAUUCCUUUGUUGGCCCAAUACCAGCAACCUUGGGUGGUAUGAAGGAGAUAGAGAGCUUGGACCUCUCCCACAAUGAGUUGAGCGGACUGAUACCUCAACAGUUAACCCAGUUAUCAGCAUUAGGGGUCUUCUCGGUGGCACACAACAACUUGUCAGGAUGCAUACCGAACUCUGGUCAGCUCGGGUUGUUCGGCGUGGAGAGCUACCUAGCAAACACCAACCUUCACAAGAUUACACAAGGCAACAUGUGCACUGCUCCUGGUCCAGAUCCAGUGCCAGAGGAAGAUGCGGGAGAGAUGCAUGGUGACCCAGUUCUAUACGUGAUCACGGCUGCCGCGUUUGUAUUGGCAUUUUGGGCCACCGUUGGGUUCUCAUUUUUCCACUCGUAUGGAAGGUCUGUAGUGCUCAAGCUGUACUCUGUCGAAAGGAAAAAUUGGUAGUCAUGUAUGUACUCCAUGUGUGAGUAUACAUCCACAGAACUUAUUGAAAUUUCAUUCUGGAUGUGUAUUGUAAAAUAUGGACAUUUCGUUGGUUAUAUUUCUACACAUACCGUCCAAGUUCCGUAUUUUCAGAGUAUUUCCGUAGUACCACUUUGUAUUAUUUUCUUAUGAAGAACGUAUCAGAGUGUACUUGAUUAAACAAAGUCAGAACUACCUGGCGCGGGCCUUCUUUUUAAAUCCUGCAACUGCUGGGUUGUACUCAAAUAAACUUUUAAUUAGAUUGAUUCAU